AGCAGGAAGUGAGAGAGAGAGAGAGAGAGAGAGAGAGAGAGGAGAGAGAGAGAGAGAAAGAAAGAGAGAAACGUUUUUUUUUUUUUUUGGGAAGGUGUCCGUUUUUUCGGUUAAGGGUAUAUGAAGGUUUGAGGCAACAACAAUGGUGUCGGACCAGGAAAUAGCGAAAGGAGUAGAGAUCCUGCUCCGACAAUCCGACCCGAACGCUGUCACGUCCUUAAACGGCGUCGUGCAGCAGUUGGAAGUCAAAUUAGGGUUAGACCUUUCUCACAAGACGGAUUUCAUCCGAGACCAGAUCAACCUCCUCCUCCGUGCUCACCCGACGAGCCACCCCCAGCCCCAGCCCCAGCCUCAGCCUCAGCCCCAGCCCCCGCCCCAGCCCCAGCCUCCGCAACAGCAACCACAGACCCAGACCCAGAACCAGACCCAGACCCAGACCCAAACCCAGUCCCAGCUCCAUGUCUCGCCCAAGGACCAUUUUGCCCUCUAUCACCACCCCCAAUUCCCUCCUCAGCCUCACCAAUUCCCUCCCCAUUUCACUCUCCACCAACCCUACCAUCAUCCGCAGGACCUCAACUUCCGGCAGCCGCAGACCCAGCCGGCGACGCAUCCUCCUCCACAGCCCCAGGCUCAGCCGGUUCAGCAACAGCUCCCCCAGCAAGCUCCGGUAGCGAAGCAAGAGACCCUUUUUCCUCAAGGCGCCGUGGCCGCUGUUUCUCGUGAAGUGCCCAAAGAAAGUGCUCCUGUUGGAACCAAAAGAAGAGGUGGCCCUGGGGGUCUAAACAAAGUUUGUGGAGUUUCACCUCAACUUCAGGCCAUUGUUGGGGAGCCAGCCUUGCCAAGGACUGAGAUUGUGAAACAGCUGUGGGCAUAUAUAAGGAAAAACAACCUUCAGGAUCCGAGUAACAAGAGAAAGAUUAUCUGUGAUGAUGCCCUGCGAGUGGUAUUUGAGACUGACUGCACUGACAUGUUCAAGAUGAAUAAACUACUAGCAAAACAUAUCAUCCCACUUGAACCAUCAAAGGAGUCAGCUCAAGCUAAACGGAUGAAGGUGGCUGCUGAGCCCACAACUGAGACUAGAGAACCUGUUUCUUCUACUGUAGUGAUAUCUGAACCUCUCGCAAAGUUUUUGGGUACAGGGGAAAGAGAGAUGGUUGACACAGAAGUUCUAAGACGUGUUUGGGAAUAUGUGAAAGUCAACCAUUUGGAGGACCCAAUGAAUGCAAUGGUGAUUCUAUGUGACGCAAAGCUCCGUGAGCUCCUCCAGUGUGAAAGCAUUUCUGCAGUGGGGAUAACGGAGAUGCUGCGCCGUCACUUAUUCAAGCGGUCAUGAUGCUUGAUGGUCUGACUAGUCAGUGUGCAUGGAAUUUGCCAUCUUGUCAUUCUGAUGGUAGAACUGAUAGGAAAGAAGCCUUUUUUAGAACCUUUUGUUUUUUCUUUCUUGCUUAUUUUGUAGGCUUUUUUUCUUUUUUGUUAAUUAUGUGCAUUGACAUGGUAGAUGAUGAUAUGAUGUUUACACCCCUGGGAAUCUAUGUCUAGAAUGAACAUGUAAUAUGGGUGAAUGGCAAGGAUGUUUGUAUUUAUGCCAUCACUCCAUUAGGCUUUCUGUUGGAUCUUAUUGUCGGUAUCGCAUCUGAUGCUAACCUCAAAAGUUAGAACUCUGUUAUGCAAUGAUACAUAUCAUUUUACUUGGGGAACAAA